UGAGCCUUGUGCUGGGCACUCUCUUGCCGCCCGCGCACCCGACACUCCGGGGCGCAGCGGGAGCCCGUGCGGGGCGGGCGGCUGUCCAUGCGGCGGCGCUCGGGAAGCACGCGGGGCUGAGGAGGCAGAAGCUCCGGACCAGCCAGGAGUUGAACACCACUUGAACCUGCAAAACACUGGGGACACCUGAGGAACUUUUGCCUUAGCCUGGACCUGCAGCAUCAUGGUUUCCCAUUUCACAGGCUGUGUCAGUGUGCUGGUCACUCUCCUGCUGCUCAGUUCCCAGCUUGUUUGCCCACAGCCCUCACCAGAACACAGAAAGGUCCCACAACGGAUGGCAGUGGCAGAGGGAACCCCAGAGGACAGCGGUGGUGGCUCCCCAGGAGUUUGGGGUUCCUGGGGCCCCUGGUCUGCCUGCUCGCGCAGCUGCAGCGGUGGUGUGAUGGAGCAGACACGGCCCUGCCUGCCCAGCUCCUACCGUGGUCGUGGAGGCUCACGGCCCAGUGGCCCUACACUGUCCUUCACUGGCCACGUUGUGUCAGCUGUACGCACUUCAGUACCACUGCAUCGAAGCCGUGAGGAUCAACAUGCUCUGGUUGGCUCCAAUGCCAGCCGCCCAGGCCCCACCGUGGCGCGAGGCAGCCGACACCCGCAGGCUCGGGGCCGAGAACAUUCAGAGAGAAGGAGCAGGACCCGAGGUCCCAUUGGCCCUGGCAAGUACGGCUAUGGGAAGGCUCCCUACAUCUUACCACUACAGACAGAUACCACACAUACUCCACAGAGGCUUCGGAGACAGAGGCCUUCAUCCCGCCAUUCCAGGUCCCAGGAGGCAUCUGCUUCUAGGCACAGCUACAGGCCAUCAGCCCACCGGUUCUCCCACAGUGGACCUGUUUACCCAAGAGACAGUGGCUCUCGUUCUGGACUGCCAGCUUCUGAGGCCUCUAUCUAUCAGCUGCCGUUGACUCAUGAUCAAAGCUAUCCUGCAGCGUCAGGUCUCUUCCAUAGCCCUGAAUCGAGCAGCAACAGUGGUGCUAGGCCCCAUGGAGCAGCUCAGACCUUUCCCCAGCAUCUUCGAUCUACAACCAUCUCAUGCAUUGGCGCCUAUCGACAGUACAAACUGUGCAACACCAACGCAUGCCCAGAAAGUGGUAGAAGUAUCCGGGAGGUACAGUGCGCAUCCUACAACAACAAGCCAUUCAUGGGGCGGUUUUAUGAAUGGGAACCAUUUGCAGAAGUAAAGGGCAAUCGCAAGUGUGAGUUGAACUGCCAAGCAACUGGCUACCGCUUCUAUGUCAGACAAGCUGAGAAGGUCAUUGAUGGCACCCCCUGUGAUCAGAACGGCACAGCCAUCUGUGUGUCGGGACAGUGCAAGAGCAUUGGCUGUGACGACUUCCUGGGCUCCGACAAAGUUGUGGACAAGUGUGGGGUGUGUGGAGGUGAUAACACAGGCUGCCAGGUGGUGUCGGGAGUGUUCAAGCAUGCCCUCACCAGCCUGGGCUACCACCGAGUUGUAGAGAUUCCCCAAGGAGCGACGAAAAUUAACAUUACAGAGAUGCACAAGAGCAACAACUAUCUGGCCUUGCGAAGUCGCUCUGGCCGCUCCAUCAUCAAUGGGAACUGGGCAAUCGAUCGCCCGGGCAAGUAUGAGGGUGGAGGAACGAUGUUCACCUACAAGCGACCGAAUGAGAUCUCCAGCACUGCUGGAGAGUCCUUUCUGGCCGAAGGUCCCACCAAUGAGAUCCUGGAUGUCUAUAUGAUACACCAGCAGCCCAACCCAGGCGUCCACUACGAGUAUGUGAUCAUGGGGAACAAUGUCAUCAGCCCACAGGUGCCACCCCACAGGAGACCAGGAGAGCCUUUCAAUGGACAGCUGGAAACGGAAGACAGAGGCCUGGAAGACAGAGACGAGAGGGGGAAGAACCAGGAGAAGGAAGACUCACCUGGCGAGGCCCCUGAGGUGUUGACAUCAGAAUCCACUCACACGCAGACCUUCCCCAUCAGGCAUCCAGAUAGAUUCCCUGCCCACCGACCAGACAACUUGGUGCCACCAGCACCACAGCCCCCCAGGCGAAGCCGGGACCACAACUGGAAGCAGCUGGGAACAACAGAAUGCUCUACCACCUGUGGGAAAGGUUCACAAUACCCGAUCUUCCGCUGUGUGAACAGAAACACACAUGAGGAGGUUCCCGAGAGCUACUGUGACUCCAGCAUGAAGCCGACCCCAGAGGAGGAACCCUGCAACCUCUUCCCCUGCCCAGCCUUCUGGGACAUCGGGGAGUGGUCUGAGUGCAGCAAAACCUGUGGCCUGGGCAUGCAGCACCGACAGGUCCUGUGCCGCCAGGUGUACGCCAACCGCAGCCUGACAGUACAGCCCUACCGUUGCCAGCACCUGGAGAAGCCUGAGACCACCAGUACCUGCCAGCUCAAGAUCUGCAGCGAGUGGCAGAUUCGGACCGACUGGACCUCGUGCUCAGUGCCCUGUGGCGUGGGGCAGCGGACCCGAGACGUGAAGUGUGUGAGCAACAUCGGAGACGUGGUGGAUGACGAGGAGUGCAACAUGAAACUCCGGCCAAGUGACAUUGAGAACUGUGACAUGGGGCCCUGUGCCAAGAGCUGGUUCCUGACAGAAUGGAGUGAAAGGUGCUCAGCCGAGUGUGGGGCUGGCGUGAGGACUCGUUCGGUGGUGUGCAUGACCAACCAUGUCAGCAGCCUACCUCUGGAAGGUUGCGGGAACAACAGACCAGCAGAGACUACACCGUGUGACAAUGGGCCCUGCACGGGCAAGGUGGAGUGGUUUGCUGGCAGCUGGAGUCAGUGUUCCGUGGAGUGUGGCAGUGGGACACAGCAGAGGGAAGUGAUCUGUGUUAGGAAGGAUGCAGACACCUUUGAAGUGCUAGACCCUUAUGAGUGUUCCUUCCUGGAGAGGCCCCCGAGCCAGCAGGCCUGCCACCUCAAGCCUUGUGGAGCUAAGUGGUUUAGCACAGAAUGGAGCAUGUGCUCCAAAAGCUGUCAGGGAGGAUUCCGGGUCCGGGAAGUGCGCUGUUUGUCUGAUGACAUGACCCCAGGUAGCCUCUGCGACCCCCAGUUAAAACCAGAAGAGAGAGAAUCUUGUAACCCUCAGGACUGUGUCCCUGAAGUUGAUGAAAACUGCAAGGAUAAGUACUACAACUGCAAUGUGGUGGUCCAGGCGCGCCUCUGUGUCUACAACUACUACAAGACCGCCUGCUGUGCCUCUUGCACCCGCGUGGCCAACAGACACACAGGCUUCCUGGGGAGUCGAUAACACUUCUGCUCUCCUGGGACUGCAAGCAGUACACCUGGCUGGUUGCUGCUCUACCAGGGGAAGUCCGUCCCCACUCUCACCUUCAUAAAGGGUACCUACCACAUGGUACCCAGGAUGUUAGAAAGCCAUGGCUCUGUCAUGAUGACUCCCUUCCUUGGGACCUGUCACCUGCUAAUGGUGCCUACUGAAAAGCAAGCAGUCAAAUGCAUACAGCUCUCAUCCCAGCUUCAGGCUUGCUAUUGCCCAAGUCAGUAGCUGGACCACUGACCAAGCACAGCCUCCUUCCUG